AUGAGCUCUAUUUGGCAGAUGCUGGAUGCCACAGAUGUGAUUGGCGUUGCCCCCACGGUACAGGAGGUCCUUUUCAACUGUGUCACAAGUUGUAUUUGUGUUGUUGACCCCCAGCGAGGAGGCAAGGUACGUCAGAGCAAGUUCAUGAAAAGAAAUGUAUAAGAUUAAUGAAAGAGGGGGCUUUGUUCUCAUUAUUGCAGACCGGUUAAGCUUAGCAUGUGAGAAGUGCACAGAGUUUUGUUCAAGCCACUUGUGCCCCACAGACUUCACAGUUCAGAAGACAGUAUUUGGCAAGGCAUGUAAUCCUAUUCCACACUUUCAAAACAAGUGAUGGGAGCCUGCAUGAUGAAAAAUAAUAUGUGAAGCCAUUUUGUUGUUAACAAUAGAGGAAAUUUAUUUUUUAAAGAAUUGAUGAUGUUAGUUGAAAUAUUUUUCUACCAAACUUUGCUGACACAGGUUAUCUCAAUUGUUUGGAUUAUAAAUAAAUCAAACCAUUUUCAAUUCUUAUUUAAAUCAGGGAUCUUGAUCUUUAGCAUGUUUACAGCACACACAAAUUUGAAUUAAUGGCUAAAAGCCAGCUAAAUACUCACAUUCAUCAUUAUGAAGUUUGUUUUUUCUCCUUACAAUUAGUGAUUCAUUUUCUUCUCAUGCUACUCUAAGAAGCAAGGAGCCCUGUGAACAGUAUUCAAAGAUUUUAUCUUUCUUUUUUCUGUUUUAAAAAAAAAAUUAUUUGUAUUUUUUUUAUUUUGCAGAUCAUAUCUUUAAAUGAGGCCUUCCAGUUUCUGAUUGGGGUUCAUGAAAAGGUUGUC